AUGUCCGAGAGGACGCACAUCAAACGAUUAAUUGUGUGUGUAGAUAGCGAGGACACAAGUGAGGAUGGGACACAAGGUAGCUCGAAUCCGAGCAACGUCUUCAGGCUCAGAAGUAUCAUACCGAAUGCUUUAUGCUACGACGCACACGGCCGUGCAGUCGAACAGAUUGUCCGAUAUUAUCGUGCGGUAGAGGAUGGUCCGAAAUUCUUGGACCGACUGAGAAGCCGAAAUUCAGCACCUUAUUAUGAACAACAAAUCAAGGACAUAGUCAAAGAGAUAUGCGAGACUCUUGACGAAACCAGAGACGAGCUGUUCUUAUAUGGUUUCGGACAUGGCGCCUUCAUCGUGCGCGCCGUAGCAGGACUGCUCGAUGUCUUACAUUUGCCGAAACGGGCCUCGAUGAAACAUUUCGAUAGACUCUACCAAAGUAGCCUGGACGUAUUCAAAGCAAGGGCCGAAGAUGACAGCUCAAAUGGCCCUAAAAUUGUCGAGUUUCUGAGAUCGCAUUCGACCCUCCCUGUACAAAUUCAUUUCGUCGGAGUCUUCGACACGAUCAAGUACACUGCCGAAGGUAACAUGCACGAUGUUUCUCUGGUACCUUCCAUACGACACAUGCGCCAUGCACUAGCAAUGAAUGAGACGCGACCUCAGCUAAGCCUAGAGGCACUCACCUCUCCGAGCAACCCCUCAGAAUUACAGGGAAGAAGCUUUGUUCAAGCCUGGUUCAUGGGGUCGCAUCAAGAUGUUGGGGGUGGUGUCGCCCACGACGGCCUGUCGUUGUACCCACUCCAGUGGAUGAUUAUCGAAAGUAUACGAGCUGGGUUGGUGAUACAGCCCGAGGAAGAAGGCAGGCGGGAUAGAGAGGGCGCGUUAUCUUUGGCGUUCCCUCAAUACACGGGUGAAUUACCGAAACUCGGAAGUGGUGAGGAAAUUGAGUGGACUAUGAGGCAAACCAACGGUAUAGAAACCAGCCUUUUCGACCUUCAGAUGAGUAUCAGUGGUCCAGCAGAUGAGAAACAAGGUCACAGCAUUCGAAUCAAUACGCCGAAUACUUUGUACAACAGCCAGCGGAAGAUAUUCAGCAAAGGAGGAUUGAUAGAUUAUAAUCCCAACGACCCUCAUGGGACGAUAAUACACCCUUCGGUAUUCUGCAUACUGGAUAGAUACCCCCGAUUCAGUGAACAAUCUCAAUUCAAGGCUCUCAAGAAAGACAUUUCCGAUUACCGAGAUCGAAGUACGGAAGAUUCCAACAACCUACCACCAUGGUUAGAAGGGAUGCAAUUGCAAGCCAGUGGCGUGAAGGCAUUCAGGAUCCUGGUGUGUGGAAAGACAGGAGUCGGCAAAUCCACCCUAAUCAACAAAGUCUUUGGGGUGGAAAUGACUGAAGAAUCCCAAAGCUACAAACAAGGCGAUCACGACAUCAAUCAAGCAUUUGAAUCUCCCAACCAUCCGGGGCUUUUGAUCCACGAUUCACGAGGCUGGCAAGCAGGGAGUGACCACGAAUUAGACCUCAUUGCCAAGUUCCUGCGCCAUCGAGCCUUCCAGCGUGAUCCAGCACAGGCACUACACGUAAUUUGGUUCUGUGUCGACUCGGACGUCAGCCGUAUCGAAGAAGCAGACAAACGCACCUUUGACACUAUCGCGCAGUUCUCACACAACGUGCCCGUCUUCGUCAUAGGCACGAAGAAGGACAAACUGGUGGCGUUCCACAAGAUCAAACUUCUCGAAAGUUACAUGGAGAAGACAAAUAACUAUCUCGAGUCGAAGCGCCUGGCCGAAGAAGAAGCCGAUACGCUGGCCGAGGAGCAGUUUCUGUCUCUCCGGGACGAAUUAUCACGCAUCAAACACUACAAGGCCGAUGGAUACUGUUGUCUUUCCAAAGAUGAUACCCCAGGCGUCCGCAAACUCUUGAACUCCACACUCGAGCUAAUCGCCGAUGAUAGGGUUCGUCUCUUUGCCGUGGCGGCGCAGGUCGUGGAUGUCGAGCAAAAGAUUGACUCAGCCAUUACAGAAUGCAUGCGCCUGGGCACACACGCCAUCCGCACGGCGAUGGUUCCGCUCCCAUUCUCGUCGGCUAUAGGAACGCCCACCGUGGCGCGGAUCCUCUGCGAGCACAUGUUGCUGUGUUUCGGCUUUCCCAAAGCUAUGCCAGACGCCGUCGAGGACAUCAUGAAUCGCAUCGUGCUCGGCCACCUGAAGGCCUUCAUGGCUGUGACCGCGGCCGAGUUCUUAACCGUCGGUCUCGCCACGGCAGGGCUCGUCGUCGCAACCAUGGGUGCCGGGGGCGUCCUCGCUCUUGCAAGUUGUAUCCUCGCUGCCCCACCGACGGCAAGGAUGCUGUUCAAGUGCGCAUGCGACAUGAUCCUAAUCCUCGAGCGGUCGUUUCGGUAUCGCGGGAGAUACGUAUCGGUCAAGCAGAUCGAGGAUGCUGCCGUGUAUUACACCACGGCCACGUUCAAGACAUUCGCCGGCAAAGAGGUGUUACUGCAGACGCACGUGCACGAUUCUGUGGACAAGCUGAUCCCGUUGCGCAAGAUCGGAGCAGGAAUCCGGUUCAGCAGACUCCGUCCCGGUCUCGAGGAGAUCAUUUACAGCAAUCGCUUCGAGAAGAAAGAGACUGACAGGCAGGGGAGUGCUGCGUCUACCUCACUUCCAGCGGAGUUAGCUGGCGACGAGAUCCUCGAGCUCGACGCAGGCCCGACACCUGCCGCGACCGAGUUGCCCGCCGGCGGAACUAGAGCACCACCGAUGAUUGUCGAACUCCCCGCAGAAGUCCCAGACGAGAAGCAGAGGAAUGUGUCGCGCGUCAGCCCAGAGAGCGAUGUCAGCAGACUCCGCUCGAGCACCGCCACGAGCACGAGCACACACCUGACGGACCUGUCGCCAGUCAGUCCCGAGGCCGAGGUUGCCAGGAUAAGGUCCAGCGCGACCAUGACUACGAUAGAUGAACUGCUGAGCAACGAGGAGAAAAUGAAUAUGUCCAACAGGUCGGCGACAACUAAUAGCGAGCGCGGCCAGGACGAGGCAGGAAGUGCAAGCCCUUCGUUGACUUCGCCUUCGACAUCGACUUCGACGGUCACGAUAGAUAGACUGAAGAGCGAGAGUCUGUUUUCGAGAGGGACCAAGAAGUUGUCGAGGUUUGGAUUGAAGAAGUCCAAGACGGGUGGAUAG